GUGAACCCGGGACUGCCUGCUGCUUUGGUGAAAUGCCUGUAUUUGUUAGUGUGCCUUCCCGAUAAAAAGGAAAACAGGGCCAUUGAACAAACUUUUCAGGAGCUUCUUACACAGGUUUUUGUUCAGCUUUGUCAGCAUCCAGACAAUGUGGAGAGAUUGGUAGAGACACAGGAACUUCAGUGUCUGAUCAUCGGACUCACAUCAUUGUGGGAUCAGACCAGCGCUGAAUGGAGGCAGCAGGCCUCACGUGUCCUCAAAGCAGUCUCUGCCGUACCCACGAGAAACACUGCCUCCAGCUUGUUAGGCAAGAACUGUGUGCGGAUCUGCAUUCAAAACCUGUUGCACAUCGGUGCUGAUGUGUCAGGAUGUUUGCUAGCUGAGGUUGCUGUGGCCGUUUUUAGUUUCAUCAGAGAUACGUAUCACCUCAGUCAAGCCCUCUUUAUCGAGUUUGAUAGCAACAAUGGCUACAAGGCCCUUGAAGACAUCCUGAAACGAUGUGAGGGGGGUGUUCCCUUGGACCAAUUUCAGCCUGUGGAGGAGUUACUGAAUCUAAUCGCAUCUUUCACCUUUUUUGGAAAAAAUGAGCUGAAAGUGGCUCUUUGUGUAACCAAUCCCCAGCCUCCAGGCUUUAAGUUCGACCCACCACUCACCAAAGGUUUGGCAGUGAGGAACCUGCCUGCUUUCCACCUGCUGCAGACAUCUUUGCUGCGCUCCCAGGAUUCUUUGCUCUGCUGCCAGCUUCUUCGAACUCUACAGACAAUAUGGGACAAGGACCCGGCCAAUUUCUUCCUGUUGGAGUGGACUGUCCAGUCGAUGGCCCAGCUGGCGGCCUGUGUGUGGUGCAAACCGGCACCUGUCCAAAAGCUCUUCUUUUCGAUGCUUGAAAUGGUGUUAUUCAAAAUGAACUACAUCCCUCACGAGACGUUGCGGGCACUUCUGAGUGUACUAAAGCAGAACUGGGCUGGGACAUUAGCUGGUGGGGCUGCAGGGACAGAAUUUGGAGUUGUGGCUCUCAAAUGUUUUCACAAGAUGACUGUGCACAGUGCUAUGCUAGCAGAAGUGUUAAGUGAUUGGGGAUUGUUGGAGCUGCUUCUCGGGGAGCUUCGCAGGAGAGCUAAGAUCCUCAGGAAAGCUGGUAUAGCGUGUUCCUCCAAACCGAAUUUUCAACAGGAGCCUUGUGUUGAGGAUGGCGAGAGACUUCUCACAACCGUCAUGCUUCAAGCUGUUUCGGCCCUUACUUUACGUUCAAUCAAGAACACAGUUUCAGUGCGAGACCUCGGUAUGGUUCCUUACAUAAAGAUCUUCUUGGACCAUCAUCAAUAUCGAGGUCCCACUCUGAGCAUCUUGGAGCAGCUGGCUGAAAUUAACCCUGAUGAAUUCAUGAGCACAGCCAUCGGAGCUCUGUGCUCCUCCACACAGCAGGAACUCCAGUUAAAGCAGGACCUUUUACAGUCAGUACUGAGGGUUCUUGAGAGCCCCAACACCUGGGACGCCUUCAGGAAGGCAGGAGGCUUCACUGGACUGCUGUCUCUGGUAACUGACAUGGAAGGGGCUCUGUCCAACCCCCCCAAGGCAGAAGUGUGGAAGUCUCUGGGGCAGCAACAGCUCCUGGAGCUGCUCCUUCUCACGCUGCACAUCCUGGCCAUGGCUGUGCAUCUGCACACUGUAAAUGCACACCAUUUUGAUGCCGGUGGUCUGUUUGAAAGACUGGCAGAGGCUCUGCUCCAGCUGGGCUGCUUCCAUACUGAAGGUUUCAAGAGCGAGGAGUGGGAUGCAGAGUGGUGUUUCUGUCCCAAGGCUGCAGACGAUAACCACUUUCCAGGAGUGAGUUUCCUCCAGUUUGCUGAGUCUGCAGAGUGCUGUGUAACCCCAGCAGCACCUUCCAUCUCACCAAAGUUCAAUCUGCCCAUCAGUCUUCGGACAUGUAUAAGACUGCUUUCCUACCUCGACCAGUUCGCCACAGGGACAUACUAUCCCCAGGAGUUAAAUCUGGGACAAGAGCCUGAUGGUGGAUGUGAUGGAGAUGAAGAGAAACUACAUGGACCAGCAGAGUUUGAAGGAGUUUAUACAGGACCUCCACUUGUCUUCUCAGGAUCUGGCCAGCAGUUGAUGGAGGAUAGAUAUGGAAGUUUCAGAAGCACUGCACCCAGUAGUCCCACCAUUUCCUCAGUGACUCCGUACAGUAAGUUACCCUGUGAUCAGAUUAUUCUACAUCCAGGAGCAAUCCGAGUCAUCAUGACUCUCCUUCCACAUGUGUUUACUCCUGAAGACCCACAGCUCUCUAUGGAGGUCCAGUUGUCAAUGGCACACCACAUCCAGGCCAUGUUCAAAUCUGAACGGAACCGACAGAUAAUGUGUGAGGGUGGGCUGGUCUCUACUCUUCUCACAAACUGUCAGAGUAUGUUACUUUCCCCGAACCACCCCUUACAUCUACCUGUCACAAGAAUCUUAGAGAAGCUCUCCUCCCAGGCCAUCUCACCUUCUAACUUCAGAAAGUUCCUGUGUUUAGGGGAUCCUCUCAUGUGCUUUGCAAACAAAACAGUCAAGCAAGUGCAACAAGAACCAUCGACCGAACCAUCUGAUACCAGUGCAGCUCAGAGCACAGAGGCUGAUUCUGAAUCUUCAGUAAAGAAAGUGAAGCGGACCUUCAGUUUGCUGCAGCCCACAGGAUCCUUUGGCUCUGCGGUCCCUGUCCACCAGAUCAUCAGUCUGGUGUCCAUGACAGCACCACGCACAUUUAGACCACACAGAGUCUCUUCCUCACCUGCUUUUGUAGAGUUUGACAUGAGUGAGAACGGAUAUGGUUGUCUUUUCCUGCCAUCUUUGGCCACGGUUAAGGGUGUGACAGCUGAUUCCAUUUCUUUUGGUGGGAUCGGAGGUGACUGCAGAGGUUUUCCACCUGCAGCUGGUCUCUCAUUUGCCUGCUGGUUCCAGAUCAAUAGGUUCAGUUCAGCCUGUGAUUCCCACCCAAUCCGGCUGCUGUCCAUUGUGCGUCACAUGUCCCGCACAGAGCAACAAUACAUCUGUUUGUCUAUCUCCUUCUCAGCCUAUGACGGCUGUUUGGUCAUCUCAACUGAGGAGGAAGCUUACACAUACCUUGAUAUGAUGGAGCCGGAAGUUUCCACUCCGACAUCAUUGUCUACGUCCUUGCGCUUCUCCUGCUCCAGCAUGCUGGUCCCAAAUCAGUGGCACCAUCUGGUUGUUGUCAUGGCCAAAGAUGUGAAGAAGAGCUGUCUGACCACAGCAUACUUCAACGGCAAAGCACUGGGGACAGGAAGGAUGAAGUACAUUCAUCAAUUCCCUGGUCAGUAUGUCUCCAUGGACCCUACAUCUGUUAUUGAUGUAUAUGGACUAAUAGGAACGCCAGCUCUCUGGAAGGAACAUGCUGCUCUUGUGUGGCGAGUGGGUCCAUCUUACUUUUUUGAAGAGGCUUUGAGCUCAGAAGCAGUGGGUGGAAUUUACAUGCAAGGUACAGCAUACCUGGGCAAUUUCCUGGCUUUGCGCAACCCAGGCCAUGAUCCAGACACACCAGAGUCUUUCCCUCUCAGGCUGGUCCCAGAAGAGAGGAUUUCAUUUGGCAUCAACCCGGCAAUUUCAGCCAUAACCACUGUGGCACAGAUCAGAGAGGAUUACAAUGAGGUGGAUUGCAGACUCAUUGCAAAAGAGAUGGGGAUAACAUCUCGGGAUCACUCCACACCUGUUUUACUCGCUCAGAAUAUCAGUGCUCACCUGAACGGUACAGCUCGCACCAUAGGAGCCGCACUGAUUGGAAGUUUUGGUGUGCGAGUGUUCUCCCCCUGCUCUGCUUCCAAGGGUUUUCUGUAUGUCGGCGGGCCUGCUGUUGUUCUCAGCCUGGUUGCAAUGGCUCCAGAUGAUAGCUCUUUGUAUGCGGCUGUUAAAGUUCUUAUUUCCGUGCUGGAGACAAACCCAGCCAUGCAAGAGGAAAUGAAUCGCAUUAAUGGAUACAAGCUUUUAGCUUUCCUGCUCAAGAUGAAGAGCAGUCUGGUUGGCCAUCGAACCUUUCAACUGACUCUGUGUCUUUCGAGUUCUCUGGAGAUGAGCUGUGGCUCUGGUUGCUUGCAGAACACGCCUGCUUUGCAGGCUUUGAUGUGUGACCUUGAGGUUUGGCAGAACACAGUGGACCACCUGGAUCUCUCAGUUCUAAACUAUUUUGCUGAAGUCCUGAGAUCUUCAAGUGACAACAGGAAUGCGAUGGUCAUGCACAGUGUGGGCCUGCUGCCAAAGCUGCUGUUUGAGUUGUCUGAUCCCACCAUGACCAUUCAGAAGGUUAAGGUUAUUUCCUGUAUCAUUACAUCCCUCCUGAAAGCUCACUUGAAUCCUCUGGACAUGAGCAGGGUCGGGCUGUUUCUGCUCAACACACUACCCCCUUCCAGUGUGACGGCUGAAAGCUGUGAGAUGUCUGACGUUGAUCUUUCACAAGAUGUGCCAGCUCAGACUUCUGGUCCAGCCAGCGUUAUUUGGAUUCGCAACCAGAUGCUGCAUGUUCUUAGUGAAAUUCUCAGUUCAGACAACCUUUCAUCCAAUGAUCAGCAGAAAGCAGCAUUUGAUUCUCUUGGCAAUGAUUGGUUCCUAAACUUCCUUCAGGACCAUCUCCAUCCUUCCACCUUGAAACUGGGUCUUGUCCUGCUCACACAGUUUCUGUCAAGUCCAAGCCAGCAAAGCUCCUUCAGAGAGAGGGUGCUCCCAGGCACACUCAUAGAGGGCAUGGAGGAGCCAUUUGCAGUCAUGGACAACCUCUGUGCUGAUCCCUGGUCUCAUGAGUGCUCGAGUGCCACUUGUCCAGGCUUUAGUGUUUUACGAGUGCUGCUGAUCAGACACUACCACCUGCCUGAGGUGUAUGAGGCUCUCGCUGCUUUGAUGCUUGGGAGCGAGACCAGCCAUAUUGCAGCGAAGAAGCUGCAUUUGGAUGAUACCCUACAAUCACUGAUAGACAGCCGAACAGAAACACCUGCCCAGCAGCUGUGUGCUGAGGCUGCUACGGUACUACUGGAACUGAUCAAAGUUGUCAUUACUAAGUCUGCUAUUCCAACUAAGCACAUGUCAGCCACUGAUGUAUCAUGGCAAUUGCAGCUUCCAGCAAGUGUGAUGCAAUUCUUUUGUCUGGUCCACAACCUUCGACCCAGAGACCCCCUCUGGGCAUCACCCACCUUUCUGCACUCACUUGCUGCUGUUGUGUAUCCCCUGGGGGGUUCAGAGGGUGGUAUGAAGCCUUCCUGUCAUGAAAGUGAGGAUACAUUCAGCGAUCGUCCAACGAGGAAGCCAGUUCUUGACUUCAUGCGUAUUCUGCUGAUGGACAGUCUUCUUAAUGUGUGUGCCAGCACCAACACACAUCCUGUGGUUCUGCUGCUAGAGUUUUGCCCUGAUGGCUCAUCGCUAGAACAGAGGCAAAGUUUUCAGGGUGAGCUGGUGGAGAUUAUUGUGAACAUCGUCCACAUACUCAGCCAUGAGGAAGACAAUUCCACACAUCUGAGCCCACAAGACUGUUUGAAUGGGAGGUCUGAAGGGCAGAUGGGCAUACUGAUGGAGAAUGUGUUGCUGUUCAGUAAGACUAUGCUGCAGAAGCUAUAUGAUGGAACAUUAAUUGGAGACUCGUCGACAAUUCUAAACUUCCUUGCAGAUUGGAUUAUGGUGGCUCUGGAGAAAGGUCAAGCUCAAAAGGAGAAGACCGUGUCGGCCCUCUACUCAUGCACCAACAAGGUCCUGCUUUAUUUCUUGUGUCAACCGCGACAUUCCCAGGAAGAAAAGGAAGAAGUCAUCAGGGCACUGCAGACCUUCAUGGAACGCUGGGACAUUCUAAUGGCAACUUACAAUGCAAAUGUUAACUUUCUUACUUGCCUUCUGCACUGUCUGUUACUGAUUCGCUCUGGCAGCUACCCUGAAGGUUUUGGUUGUGUGACACAACAAAAACGCAUCAGGAAAAAGUCAUCCAGCCCGUUGCUUCCCAAAACUAAACAUUCUGCAGACCUCAGUAAUGGACUUAAAGACGGUGCGACAGAUGACAGACAACUGGUGUCCUUAGCAGAGGCCUGCUGGUCAAAAGUCCUUUUAGAGAGGCAACACAUACUCGAAGAGAGUUAUAAGAUGGAGUUCUCGGCAAACGACGCUGCUGAUGCAAAGCCUGUUGGGAUGACCAACAUCAGUCCUCUUUGGGAGGAGACGGCACAGAAAGCCUGGUUGCUAUACACAGAAUCACAGAAGAAGAAGGUGGCCAGCACCUCUCAGAAGAGGUAUGAUGCCAUCAGCAAUGCUAUUCGCUCCAUUUUGGGCAAAGGUCAAGAGUCAGACAAAUCAGAGGAGUUUCUAUCCUACAUGGACUCGCAUCGACAGAGAGGCCAAAGCAUGUUUGAGAAAAUGAGAGCAAAACACUUACAGUUACGAGCGUCUGAGUGGGAGCGUGUGAGCUCCCAGUGGCAGUGUGUGGAGGCCGAGCUGCUUAGGGAGAGAGCUGUGUUCGGACCUGGCCCGGGGGUGCUGUUGAGCCAAGACUGGGUGCAAGACUCUGCUGAAGGACCCAAUCGCACUAGAUUGCGCAUUCGAAGAAAAGCCCUGAGACGUUCAAAACUGGUGCUAGGGAUGCUGCACCUGGGUUUGAGGUCUGAAGAGGGCAAAAGUCGAAGUGAAGGUGAAGCAGAGCCAAAGAUUUUGUGUGAGGUUGGUGUGGAGGUUAAAGAGGAUGAAGUGGAAGGAGGACAAUUUAGUGACCGCCUGACAUUCUUUCCUGCUCUGAAUGAGCCUCAGUCUGUCACUGACGAACAUCUUGAUCCUUUCACCCAUCAACCCUGCUCCCUCACACAAGACUGCCCAGACAUACGUAUCAUCCUGCAGGAGCUUCACCCUGAAGAUAAGGUAAAGGCAAAGAUGUGUGUAGUGAUGGUGAGUAGCCUCAGAGUGACCGAGGGUUUGUUGCUGUUUGCGAAGGACAGCUUGCUCUUGUGUGAGGGAUUCACUCUGGGUCCUACUGGAGAUGUUUUCUGCCGGAGACACCACCCCAGCAGUGUGAGAGAUUCCUUUAUUUCCACCAUGCUGAGUAAAGAGCUGCCAUCAGCCAGUUGCAGACGCUGCCUAUAUGAGGACAUCAAGGAGGCUCGCUUCAUGCGGUUCCUCUUAGAGGACAACGCAAUAGAAAUAUUUAUGAAAAACGGACACUCUGCUUUCCUGGUAUUUCUAAAUAAGGACCAUGUCUCUGCAUACAAAAGACUAGGCACAGUCGUACCAGCUUUGAAAGGCAGAGCCGUUGCUGAGGUCAUUGCCAAUGCCAAAAAGACUCCUGUGGUUGAAAAGGCAGCCCUAGUUAAAUGGCAGAAGGGAGAGAUGAGUAACUUUGAGUACUUGAUGCACCUGAACACCAUUGCUGGAAGGACAUACAAUGACUUGAUGCAGUACCCUGUUUUCCCCUGGGUUCUGAAUGAGUAUCAAUCAGAGAUACUGGAUCUGACAAAUCCUGCAACUUUCCGCGAUCUGUCCAAACCAAUGGGAGCCCAGACAGAGAAAAGGAAACAGAUGUUCAUCCAGAGAUAUGAGGAGGUGGAGAACAAUGAGGGUGAAGAACUGGCAGCUCGUUGCCACUACUGUACCCACUACUCCUCUGCCAUCAUCGUGGCCUCUUUCCUUGUCAGGAUGGAGCCUUUUUCACAUACUUUUCAAACACUGCAGGGAGGCUUUGACAUCCCAGAGCGGAUGUUUUACAGCAUAAAGAAAGAGUGGGAGUCGGCCUCCAGAGACAACAUGGGGGACGUCAGAGAACUGAUUCCAGAGUUCUUCUACCUGCCAGACUUCCUGCUCAACUCCAACAACAUCCAGCUAGGUUGUAUGGAGGACGGUACUGCUUUAGGAGAUGUUGAGCUGCCUCCAUGGGCAAAAGGUGACCCCCAGGAGUUCAUUAGAAUCCAUCGAGAGGCCCUAGAAAGCGACUAUGUGAGCUCCCACCUCCACCUGUGGAUCGACCUCAUCUUUGGAUAUCGGCAACAAGGCCCGGCUGCUGUAGAAAGUGUGAACAGAUUCCACCCUUACUUCUAUGCUCAGAGAGGCAGAAAAGAUGCUAAGGAUCCCAUCAUCAAGAGCACAAUCUUAGGAUAUGUGAGCAACUUCGGCCAGGUUCCAAAACAGCUCUUCACAAAGCCCCAUCCACCUCGCAGUGGCUCCAAGAAAGAAGGAUCAUCGCCAUCCCGUCCAACUCCGUUUUUUCACAAACUGGAUAAACUUAAGACUUCUUCACAGCCUUUCCGAGAGCUUCCAAGAGGUCCAGUAGGUCAAAUAAUAUGCCUGGAAAAAGAAGUCGUGGUGUUGGAAAAAAAUCGACUCCUCCUCUCUCCUCUGCUCGGCUGCUACUUCAGCUGGGGAUUCCCAGACAACAGCUGUGCCUUUGGAAACUAUGGCACAGACAAGAACUUUGCGGUAAAUGAAAGUUUGUGCGACUGGGGCGAGACGUUGUGCGCCGCUUGCCCCAACGUCACGACCAUCAUCACGGCGGGAACCAGCUCUGUCGUUUGUGUGUGGGAUGUGGCCGCCAGCAAAGACAAACUCAGCAGCAUGAAGCUCAGACAGCCAUUAUACGGUCAUACGGAUGCAGUGACGUGUCUGGCUGCCUCUGAGGUCCACAGCCUGAUAGUGAGCGGCUCCCGUGACCGUACUUGCAUCCUGUGGGAUAUGGAGGAGCUAAGUUACAUCACCCAGUUAGCAGGGCACCCAACCAGUGUCUCUGCACUGGCCAUCAAUGACCUCACUGGUGAGAUAGUGUCAUGUGCAGGACCUCUGCUCUACCUGUGGACCUUGAAGGGCCAGCUGUUGACUUGUACCGCCACUUCCUGCGAGUCUCAGGCAGACAUCCUGUGUGUAAGCUUCACACAGCGACAUGAGUGGGAUGCCAGGAAUGUCAUAGUCACGGGCUGUGCAGAUGGGAUUAUUCGGAUAUGGAGGACGGAGUACACUAGAACACAAUUACCUGGCCCUCCAGAAGAGCCUGUGUCCCCAGGGCAAGACCGAACAGAGAGAGAUGUGACCAGCACACACCAGGUCAAAAGCUGGAAGAGACUUCUCAUGCUAUGUGAAGAGUUGUGCCAAGACCAGAGCGUGUCACAGCGCCGCUACAAAAGCAGUCCAGCCAUCACCGCUCUGGCCAUGUCCAGAAGUCAUGCAACUCUGUUGGCCGGUGAUGCCUGGGGCAGAGUUUUUACCUGGACCUGUGAGUGA